CCACCAGCAGCAUUUCUUCGUUUCGCGCAAAAUAAUAGAAACUCUCGAAAAUCUACCUCUGUCUACGCACCAACCUGCGAAAACCCACUUUCUGCAAUCCACAAUGACCUUAUCCCAUUAUUUCUUCCAUAAGUGUACCUCGCCUUCAUCUACAGACUAAUCGAGCAGAGAAAGUGUAUGUACAACGUACGAUGUUAGUGUGCAAGAAAAUGUGACUACAAUCACAUCAAGUUACCAGAACGGAAGGAAUCGCUAAAAUGCGAGUGUUCAAAAGGUUGAACCGCUUAGAAUGUCUACGCUGGUCCUACACUGUGCCCAUACUGUGUUAUCUAACGUUUUUCUUCAUGAUUUGGAUGUUAGCAGUGCCUCUGAAACCGAACAGGGCGAUAGUGAAGGAACUGAGGGUUGAUGUUCAUCCUGCCGAUUCCUUCGAAAUAAGGAUUAAAAACAGCAAUUUUAAUACCGACAAGAAGAACGCAGACGAUGAGAGCGACAAGAAUGAAUAUCUGAUCAACGCGAAUGAUGAAGAAAAUUAUAGAAAAGAUAAUUCUAAAAUAUUGAUGGAAGUAUUCGAAAAAGCGGACAAAAACGGUGAUAAAAAACUAGAUUCCAAAGAACUUUCUCAGUGGAUUAGAAGGAAAAUUGUAGAACACAUUUCGCUAGCCGUGAGCACAAACCACGAAUUAUUCACCAAAAUCGAUGUGAAUCCCAGAAAUGGAGUGAUUACUUGGAGAGAAUAUCACAAUUAUUUUUUGAAGAAGAGAGGUUUUAGCGACAAAUAUGUCAAGAAUCACGAUGAAAGACGACACAAAGGGCUACAAAGAUCACUUAAAGAAAGGAUCAUGAGAGACAAGGCUUCGUGGAUGGAAGCAGCGAGGUCCAAUCCAGACUCUCUCAACCUCGAUGAGUUCUUGUCCUUCACUCAUCCCGAAUCCAGUGCAGUAAAUCAGCUGGCACUGGUUGAUGAGCUCUACGAUAAAUUCGACCGAGAUGGAGACGAAAUGUUGACUGAAAAUGAGUUCGCCAUACUUCAAACUGAUGGAAACGGGGACGAGACUCUGAUAGUGCGUCAAGACGAAAACGAAAGAAGGGCGGAAUUCCGGAAGUCCAUCGACUUGAACGGAGACGGCCGAGCCGAUAGGAGGGAGCUGCUGCACUACGUGGCCCCCCAGAGCCCGCGGCACAGCGAGCACGAGGCCGAGGCCCUGCUAGCGCUCACCGACAACGAUCGCGACAACAUGCUGUCCUUGGACGAGAUGCUGGCCCACCCGGAUCUGUUUCUGAAGUCGAAGAUGGUCGAUACCGCCCGGAGUUUUCACGAUGAGUUUUGACUAACUAUUUACUUUCGGAUCUUGACAAAGUAGAUUACGAUAUGUUUCGGAAAUAUUUUGCGAUGACAUAAAGGUAUGAGAACGAUAUGCGAAGGAACAAAUACUAUGAAAGAAUCAUCAUCAGAUAUGGAGUAAAUAUAGAGGCCAAGACCAUGGGUAAUGUCAAAGGAAAUGAUGGAGCUCCUUGGUUUUAUUAUAUUUACUUUAUCUAUGUGGAAGCCGAAAUAACAUCCGUGCAAUUAUUGGUGAAGAUUUCUUGAGCUUAUCAGUUCUCACUGAAGACGAUGGAAACCAAGACAGUUGUUUUUCAGUUUUUCACUCAAUACAUGGUGAUUCAUAAUGAUUUGAACACAGUAGAAUGGUAGAAUCCUAUCAUAUUUUUAUGCAUAUACAGUGUGUCCAUUUAGUGCGUAAUUCUUCGAUAUCUC